AACUACUAACUUAAACUCUUCUUUUUUGCAAUCAUUUUUCAGAGUCCAUCGAAGCAACCAGCAUUGAAUCAAUUUCCGUUGCGGGACCGUCCAGAAUGGUUCCUUUUCCCUGCCAAGAAUCAGUGGAAACAACCAGUUCUGAAUCGAUCGUUACCACCUACAACGCACCUUUGUCGGACGAAAAUGAAUUCCUUAUACAACUUAAGGAUAAAUAUAAAGAAACAAGAGACAGCAAUGAGCGAUACAGGAUUUUAACCACACUUCCCAAAAGUUGGUCUACAUAUAGAAUUAUGAAGGAGUUCAAUGUUUCCCAACAUAUGGCCAACCAAGCAAAAGCACUGCAGCAAGAGAAAGGAAUAAUGUCGGUGCCUGUAAAGAGGUUAAGCAGAGCUUCAUUAGGAGAACCAACGAUAAUGCUUGUUCGUGAUUUUUACAAUAGUGACGAUAUAAGUCGUGUUUGUCCGGGGAAAAGGGAUUAUUUAAUAUCUAAAAAUUAUGAAGGCGAAAUCUACGUACAAAGAAGAUUAGUUUUGUGUAACUUGCAGGAGGCAUACUCCAUCUUUAAAAAUACAUAUCCUGAUAUUAAAAUAGGAUUUUCCAUGUUCGCCAGUAACCGUCCGAAACACUGCAUUUUGGCAGUGACAAGUGGCACGCAUACCGUAUGCGUUUGUAUAUAUCAUCAGAACGUUAAACUUAUUUUUAAAACACUACAAAGCAGACAAUCACUCCCAGAUGGUGUUGAUUCCUAUCACGAUUUGUUUAAAAAAAUAAUUUGUCAAAAUCCAAGUGAACAAUGCUGGCUGCAGUGUUGCAAAAAUUGUUCAGGAAUGCAAAUUUUGGCCACAGAACUAAUGACUACACACUUAAAAAAAUUGAUUAACGGACAUGUUGAAUCAAUACAAUUCAAACAAUGGCGUCAAGUAGAGAGAUGCAUU